UUCAUGACGUGUUUGCCCCGCCCUCUCUCCCCCAGAGCGGCUUUGCGCUGCUCGCUGGAGUCGCAGGCGCUUCACAACAAUGUAGCACACGCAUAAUGGGAUUUACCGGCUUCACUUUCAAACGUUUUUGUUGUUGUUUUAAAAAUUAAUAAGACUUUCGCUUCGACUUCAAAGGGAAUGAAACGCAGUGCCGCUGAAUGAACAGGUGAGGGGGUGCCAUGCCAGCUGCUGCUCCCCUGUUGCUGCUCCUCGCCAUCGUGUGGUGGCCUCUGGUAUUGCCUCUGGCCCUCGGUCAUCUUCAGAGUCCCCCAGCAUUCAUCUCCCUCAAUGGCUCCCGGCUCAACCACCUCCUGCUGGACAGCCACUCAGGCCACGUCUACAUAGGAGCGGUAAAUGUCCUCUACCACCUUUCCCCGGACUUGCAGCUGCUCUCCUGGGGCAAAACAGGCCCUAAAUUGGACAGCCCGGACUGCUUGCCUCCCAUUGAUCCUAAUGAUUGCACUCAGGCAGCAACUACAGAUAACACCAAUAAGCUUCUGUUGCUGGAGGAGGUAAGAGGAGGGAACUCGUCCAGCUUGAUAGUUUGUGGGACAGUCCUGCAGGGCAUCUGUGAGAAGAGAAGCUUGCAUAAUGUCUCUCAGGUGCUGUACAAGACCGACAACCCUGUGGACACACAGUAUGUGGCGGCGAAUGACCCAAGAGUGUCCACGGUUGGUGUUGUGGUGGAGCAAAAAGGAGUUCCUCUUAUGCUCGUUGGGCGGGGCUACACCAGUAAAGGACCUGGUGGGAUCCCACCAAUCACAAUGCGACGUUUAACCCCAGUUGAGCGACAUUCUGCACCGGCGUUCUCCCAUGAAGAACUUGGUAAGCUGGUGGUCGGAAGCUACUCUGAAUACAACAACCACUUUGUGAAUGCGUUCCACCACAACAGCUACGUCUACUUUGUGUUCUCUCGGCGCGACGUGUGGGGCAGACGAGAGUACCGAACGUAUGUGUCCAGACUCUGUGCAGGAGACCCCUUUUUUUACUCUUACGUGGAGGUGCCGCUUUCUUGCAAUGGAGGAUAUAAUCUGGCUCAGGCGGCCGUGCUUGGCUUUCACCGGGAGCAACCUGCGCUGUUUGUGGCUAUGGCCAUGGGACAAGCAUCAACUCCUACACCCACAGACAAGUCGGCUCUUUGUGUGUACACGGUGGAGGAGCUGGACAAAGCUCUGCAUGCUGCCCAGCUUCUGUGUUACACACAGGAAGGCAAAGAUGUCAAUAACAAAGAGAAGGCAUACAUCGAGUAUGAAGUGUCCUCCAGAUGUCUGAAUCUUCCACAGGACUCUCUGACCGAGUACCCAUGUGGAGGCGAACACACACCCAGCCCAAUCGCCAGCGCCAUUCCUCUCCAUGCCACUCCCGCGUUCACCUGGACUCCUCCCAUCACCGCUGUCACCACGGCAACCGAGGUCGGCCACACCAUAGUCCUGCUAGGAGACAAAAGCGGAAGGCUGCACAAGGUAUUCCUGCAUGCAAAUGGUACUGGGACAAAAUACGACACAGUGGAGGUGGAUCCAGAGAGUCCCAUUAACGCUGAUCUACUGCUGGACGCCACCAAACAGAACGUCUUCGUAUUGACUGAAAGAAAGGUUACGAAGCUCCAUGUGGCUCAGUGUGAGAAGCAUUUAGACUGCCACUCCUGCCUGUCAAAUAGAGAUCCCUACUGCGGCUGGUGUUCGCUGGAGGGCAGAUGCACGCGGAAAAUGGAUUGCGCACGACACGCUCAGCCUCAUCACUGGAUCUGGAGCUACAGCCACGAGCGCCAGUGUGUGUCCAUCCAGAGUCUAGAACCCGCCAUCCAGAGCAGAGAAGAGCAAACGCAGGUCUCUUUCACAGUUCUACAGUUGCCAGUCUUGUCAAAGGAUGAGUCUCUAUCCUGUGCUUUUGGGAGUUUGGCUGCUCAGCCUGCGGUUGUCUUGGAGAACAGAAUCACAUGUCAAUCACCGGCGCCGGAGCUGCUCCCGCCGAGUCCGCCAGGCAACGAUCAUGUUUCUGUUCGAAUGGCACUGAAGUUCGGAGACGUGACCAUCUCACAUGCAAAUAUCACCUUUUAUGACUGUAAAGCAGUUGGACGGCUCAACACUACCUCACCAUGCAUGGCGUGUGUGAGCAGCGUGUGGCCAUGUCACUGGUGUGUGAAGGAUGAGCUCUGCACUCAUCGUAAAAGCUGCCCUCGUCAACACGUCAUCUAUAAUAGCAGGGAGCAGUCGACGCCCCGCGGGCCUGAAUAUUGCCCUUGCGUCUGGGCCCUUCAGAGCUCUCCUCUGGUUCCUGUGGGCUUUGACACCGAAGUCUUUCUGCAGGGCAAAAACCUGCACAUAUUCGAGGAUGAGGAAGAUUACGCCUGCAUGUUGAUCAUCGAAGGCCAGGAGCUGCGUUUGCCAGCUUCAUUGGAAAUCAGCAAAGAAACGGGGACGCAUGUGUUCAAGUGCGAGGCUCAUCAGUUUCGGUACUCAGGAAAGCAGUUUGAAUAUUCUGCCCCUGUGUACCUGCAAUGGGGGACGCAGCGUAUAGAUUCAGCACCACAUCUCCGCUUGCAGCUGUACGACUGCUCAGUGGGUCAGUCCGACUGCAGCCAGUGUCGUGCAGUUGCAGCGAGUUACGGGUGUGUGUGGUGUGCUGAUGAAACCCCCAGCUGUGUGUAUAACCAGUCCUGCACCAGUGGAGCUUUGGAUACCUGUCCUCCACCUCUAAUCACUGAGGUUGAGCCACUCACCGGGCCGCUGGAGGGUGGCAUACUGCUGACGAUCCAGGGUUCAAACCUGGGACAAAGCUUUCAGGACAUUCAGGCAGGCGUGACUGUGGCAGGAGUGACCUGUAGACCUCUUCCCGAGGCCUAUCGCAUUUCCACCAGGAUAGUAUGUGAGCUCCAGGCAAGUGUAAAUGCUUCAGCCGGACCGGUCAUCAUCACUGUCAGAGGAUCAGAGAGAGGAGAGUCCCAGCAAACCUUCUCAUAUCAGAACCCACAGCUGAGCAGGAUUGUCCCAGAAAAAGGGCCCUUGGCCGGAGGUACGUUGCUCAUGGUGUAUGGGUCACAGCUCCUGACAGGACAAAACCUUCAACAAAGGAGCGACCAAAUCACUGGCCUGCAGGCCUUCCUGGGUUCACAGCCCUGUCGCAUUAAGGAAGUGAGUGACACAAGGAUGAUUUGUCACACCAGUCACGCAAACCAAACUGGAAAAGUGCUGCUCAGGGUUGUGUUCGGAAAAGCAGAGAGAAUUUUGAGUAAUGUCCUUUUCAGCUAUAUGGAGGAUCCGCUCAUUACUGACGCAGAUCCUACAGAGAGUUUUUACGGGGGUGGCCGUUUUAUAUUUGUGACUGGCCAAAACCUAAAUGUGGUUCAGCAGCCGAAGAUGUGGGUCUCUUUUGAGCCCCGAGACCGUUUUGAAGCCAGAAGACGCCGAUACACCCACGUUUCUGUCAGGAAUCCCUUGGUUACGAGCCAAAGUUGCACUAAUGUGACCUCAGAGCAGAUGAUUUGCAAGAGCCCGGAGGUGACGCCUAACUCCAGGGUGAUUCGAGUGUGGUUUGAGAUGGACAAUGUGCACAUUGACUUCAGCAGCAUCAAGAACAAGCCGUUCACGUACCAUCCAAACCCAGACCUGUUCCCACUCAACAGCGAGUCUCGAGGAACAGCCAUCAGAUUCAAGCCCGGAGGAGUGCUGGCUGUAGAGGGUAAAGGACUGAUGUUGGCUAUGAGUAAAGAGGAGGUUCAGGCCUGGCUGGGGAAUCAAGAGUGUGACGUCAAGACUCUGGACAACACACACCUGUACUGCGAACCACCUGAUGUCCAGCCUCUCGCUCUGGACGACAGUAACUUACCCACACUAAAGGUGUUGAUGGGCGGCCUGGCGUUUGACCUGGGCCCAGUGCAGUAUGACAGUGACCUGCACUCACCAGUUCCUCUGGCAGCUCAGAUCGGCCUGGCAGCAGGAGCGGCGGUCGUCGUCCUCAUCGUCUUGGUCAUCAUCCUCAUGUACAGGAGGAAGAGUAAACAGGCGCUGAGAGACUAUAAGAAGGUGCUGGUGCAGCUGGAGACACUGGAGAUUAAUGUCGGAGAUCAGUGCAGGAAAGAGUUCACUGACCUGAUGACGGAGAUGAUGGAUUUGAGCAGUGACGUCGGUGGUCCUGGGAUCCCCUUUCUGGAUUAUCGCACAUACGCAGAACGUGUUUUCUUCCCCGGCCAGAAGGGGGCGCCUCUGAGUCAGAACCUGGAUUUACCCGACUCUCGCAGGCAGACAGUGGAGCAGGGCCUUUCUCAGCUCAACAACCUGCUCAACAACAGACUCUUCCUCAUACGGUUCAUCCACACUCUGGAGGCGCAGCAGAGCUUCUCUCAGCGGGACAGGGGUUACGUGGCGUCUCUCCUCACUAUGGCUCUUCAUGAUAAGCUGGAAUAUUUCACUGAUGUGAUGAAGAAUCUGUUGGGAGAUCUGGUGCAGCAGUACGUGGCCAAGAACCCCAAACUCAUGCUGCGCAGGACGGAGACGGUUGUGGAGAAGAUGCUGACCAACUGGAUGUCCAUCUGUCUCUAUUCAUUUCUCAAGGAGGUUGCUGGAGAGCCUCUUUACAAAUUGUACAGGGCUAUUAAAUACCAGGUGGAUAAAGGGCCAGUGGAUGCAGUGACGGGUAAAGCCAAACGCACACUCAACGACAGCCACCUGCUCAGAGAAGACAUCGACUACUGCGCUGUGACUCUGACGGUGCUGGUGAAGAGCGGUGUGGAGGUUCAGCCCUGUCCUGUUAAAGUUCUGGACAUUGACACCAUCACUCAGGUCAAAGAUAAAAUCCUGGACCAGAUUUAUAAAGGAGCGGCGUUCUCCCAAAGACCAGCCGCAGACUCACUUGACCUCGAGUGGCGAUCGGGCCAGGCGGGCCACCUGACUCUGUCUGAUGAUGAUGUCACAGCCAUUGUUCAGGGCCGCUGGAAACGGAUCAACACUUUACAACACUACAAGGUACCUGAUGGGGCCACAGUGGCUCUCAUUCCACGUUCCCAGAGUUCUCUUGGUGUAAAUCAGGUCUACCAGACUGGAGAGAAAACCCCCAUGCUUGAAGGAGAGGAGGAGGAAGGUCUUCGUUUGUGGCAUUUAGUAAAGCCCACCGAAGACCCCGAGAUCCCCAAACACAGAAAGAGCAGCAUGAGAGAGCGGGAGCGAGCAAAAGCCAUUCCUGAGAUCUACCUUACACGAUUGCUUUCAAUGAAGGGGACUCUGCAGAAGUUUGUGGAUGAUGUGUUUGUAGCCAUACUGAGUACGAAACGGCCUCCACCCAUAGCAGUCAGAUUCUUCUUUGACUUUCUGGAUGAUAUGGCAGAGAAACACGGCAUCGACGACCCGGAGACCGUUCACAUCUGGAAAACAAACAGUUUACCCUUGCGUUUCUGGGUCAACAUCUUGAAGAACCCUCAGUUCGUCUUUGACGUGCAGGUGACUGAUAGUGUGGACCCCGUCCUCUCCGUCAUCGCACAGACCUUCAUUGAUUCCUGCACUACAUCGGAGCACAAAGUGGGGCGGGAUUCUCCGGUGAAUAAGCUGUUGUACGCCAGAGAAAUCCCUCGAUACAAGCAGCUGGUGGAGAGGUACUACAGUGAUAUUCAUAACGCCGUGUCUGGCUGUUAUCAGGAGAUGAAUUCAAUGCUGACAGAGCUCUCAGGGAGCUUUGCAUCAGAGAUGAACAGUUUGGUGGCGUUACAUGAGCUCUACAAGUAUAUCAACAAAUACUACGAUCAGAUUAUCAUGUCUCUGGAAGAAGAUGCGGCAGGUCAGAAGAUGCAGUUAGCGUAUCGCCUUCAACAGGUCGCCGCCCUGGUGGAGAAUAAAGUCACUGACCUUUAGGUUUUGAGCUCAUCAGUAAUAAUCACGUCUGAGAGAUCUGCUGAUCUUCACCAAACCUUUGUGUGCUUCCACAACUGUUCAGAAAAACUCUUCUUAACAAAAGGGAACAGGAAAUGAAGUAAUGCUCACUUUCUUCCGAUAAAACCUUAAUGGGGAUUUUAUUGGAGAAGCAUCGCUCUGAACUACUCGCAGGAGUAUUGACUAAUGGAAAGUGUGUGUGUGUGUGUGUGUGUGUGUGUGUAUGUAUGUGUGUGUGUGUGUGUGUGUGUGUGCGUGCGUGCGUGCGUGCGUGCGUGCGUGCGAAAGGAUCUACUGGCUAUGUGAAGGUUACUGAAUUCAGAUUCUCUGACCUGAAUCUAUCAUAAUGACACUACUGAAGCAUCUCUCACAUAUUGUGACAUGCUAAGACACAUUUUAUAGCAUUUUUACUUAUUUUCAAGUGAUCAAAACCACUAUAUGGAUGAAAAAAAAAGAAAACUCUUACAAUCAAGUCCGCACUAUGGACAAAUCCUACUUUUUUUCCCCCUACAGCAGUACGUGGAGUUUUUUUUUGUGUUCCUCCUCCAUAAUCACAUCCCAGAUUUCAAAAAAGACUGACCAUGGCCGUGUCGUAUUAAUCUUUUAUAUACUAACAUUUCUACAUUAGUAUUGCAGAUCGAAGUAUUAAGCGUUUACAGGGACUGAAGAGUAAGUCGAUGCACACAAGUGCCAAACAAAAGUUAGGAGAGCACAAUAUUUUGUGUGCACGUUUUUGUGUGUGUGUGUGUAGCUAUAGAUGUGCAUGCAAAUAAAAUACAAAACAUCA